AGUCCUGAUUCGAAGCAGAGUCCUUCGGGAAAAUGGAAAAUACAUUCCCAAACAGUCUUUCCUGACCCGGAAAUAUUUUUUUAAUAACCCAGAGGACGGAUUUUUUAAGAAAACGAAAAGAAAGGUAGUGCCUCCUUCACCAAUGACAGAUCCAACCAUGCUGACAGAUAUGAUGAAAGGGAAUGUAACCAAUGUUCUGCCUAUGAUCCUCAUCGGUGGGUGGAUCAACAUGACAUUUUCAGGAUUUGUCACAACAAAAGUACCAUUUCCUCUGACACUGCGUUUUAAGCCGAUGUUGCAGCAGGGAAUUGAGCUGCUCACUUUAGAUGCGUCCUGGGUGAGCUCUGCUUCAUGGUACUUCUUGAAUGUGUUUGGACUCAGAAGCAUUUAUACUCUCAUCCUGGGCCAAGAUAAUGCUGCAGAUCAGUCCAGGGUGAUGCAAGAACAAAUGACAGGGGCAGCAAUGGCCAUGCCAGCAGAUACUAACAAAGCAUUCAAGACGGAAUGGGAAGCUUUAGAAUUGACUGAUCAUCAGUGGGCCUUAGAAGAUGUAGAAGAGGAGCUCAUGGCAAAAGACCUCCAUUUCGAAGGCAUGUUUAAGGAAGAACUUCAGACUUCCAUCUUCUGAAUUUGAGAAUAUGCUUUUGUCUCUUCUUGUAAAAGUAAUUUGAAAAGAAAUGUGUUACUUAAAACUACAUAAGGUAUUUUAGAAAGGCAGAGAAUAAAACAAAACAUGUUCAGAA